CAAAGAUGGGCCUCAAAAACUUGUGUUGUAUAUUUGCCGGAUUGUCAUUUCUGGUAACCCAAAUCCAUCCAACAAGUCCAGAACGGCAGAACCUAGUUACCAAUACCAUUCAUAAUUCAUCGGAUCAGCAUAAUAUUAAUAAAAAUAAAUAAGGGAAACUGAAAAUUUAUUGAUCGAAAUUCUUGAAAUUUUGCAGAAAAUGGCAAUGAAAGUAUAUGCAAAUUAUCUUCGUCCACCUGCAAUUUUACCAAUUCGUUACAAUAAACCCACCAAAGUUCGCAAAUUUUGUGUUAGAAAUUGCAGCAGUGACACUUUUGAUGCUGAUAAUUCUCGUAAGCUUGUUUUGGAAGUGAAGGGAAGGCUCAAAAAUGAAUAUCAUGAGCUCCCCGUAGGCAAGAAUGGACGAGAUGAUGAAAGCAUGAUCUUUUGGUUUCUCAAGGACCGCAAGUUCUCUGUUGAUGACGCUGUGAAAAGGCUGAGUAAAGCUAUUAAAUGGCGUCAAGAAUUUGGAGUGGAUGAGCUGUCUGAAGACUCAAUGAAAAUUGCUGCUCAAACAGGCAAAAGCUCUGUACACGAGUUCCUUGAUGUGAAUGGGAAACCUGUGCUAAUAGUGCAGGCAUCAAAACAUUUCCCUGGAAUGCAGGAUGAGGAUGAGAAGUUAUGUGUGUUCCAGAUUGAGAAAGCUCUGAGUAAGCUCCCAGAAGGCCAAGAACAAAUACUUGCGAUAGUCGACCUCAGGGGCUUUGGUACUGCUAACGCAGAUAUGAAUUUCUUGACAUUUUUGUUUGAUGUAUUCUACUAUUACUAUCCAAAGCGGUUGGGCCAGAUACUCAUGGUGGAAGCGCCUUUUGUUUUUAAGCCUCUUUGGCAGCUGGCAAAGCCCCUCCUCAAACAACAUGCAUCUCUGGUGAGAUUCUGUUCAGUAGAGACAGUCCGAGAAGAAUAUUUUACUCCCAACACCGUACCUGCCAUCUUUAGAGAUGAGAAGGCAACAGAGGUGGUUUCCGGUAACCAAGGUUAAAGGGAAAAAAUCCUUGUUUUGCUUACAGGAGUUUGUGUUCUAAUUUCUGAGACCUAGUUACUGGGAUAUUUACACCGAAUGCCCCGUGAAAUGUAGAAUUGGGUCUACAAACGUAGUGUUUCCACAGAAGUUGUCAGAUUUUCCAGUCACUUCAUGGGAUUAUAUGGGUGAUGUAUAACGUGAGAGCAUUUCAACGGCGUCUAGCCAGAAACAGGUUUUGGAGCAACAACAAUGUUAUUAUGAUCAAGAAGGUGAAUUCAGCGUUGAUUGUUUUACAGUCGGAUUUCUUUCUAUGUAGUAAUUCAGUAGUUCAAAAUGUGUACCUGUCAGGUUGCUAGAAACUUGUAAUCACAAGAUACUUUCGUAUACGAUUAUUACAUUUGGAUAUAUAUUUGAUAAAGCUGACUA